UGUAUCCCUAGUUUUCUUUCACGUUCGAUUCAUGUCACUUCUGUCGAUUUUUAAUAAUUUUGAGUUCUUUUAAUAAAUAGGAAUAAGUGAAAGAAAGUUUUUGUUUUUUUUCGUUAUUACAUAUGUAAUAUAUAUAUAUUAAUUAUUGAACAUUAUGUCCGAGAAGACAAAUUUUCGUAAAAAAAAAUGGAAAGGGAUGCAAACUGUUAAACUAAACAAUAAUGAAUCAUAUCAAAACAAAGCAGACCAUAGUCCUGAGAAACUCGAUAUUGGGAGGAAUCUAGAUAUUCCUUACUAUGGAUGGAGGUUGUUUUUUCCUGACAAAGAAUAUAAAUCUAAUACUGCUAUUACGAAACAAAUUGAAGCUAUAGAGGCAUUUAUAGAAAGACAUAAAGCAUUGUCUUCGUUGUUCACUAUGGCAAAUUUGGAAGCUGGAAUAAAUUUUGACAUUGACAUUUGUGAACUAUACAAAGAUAGUGAAUUUAUGGAACAGUGGCCAAAUUUUAAACAUGAUAUUCAUGAAAAUCCAACAAACACGUUAAAUUCUAUGAAACUUGGUAUUCAUCAGAAAAUUUUAGAAACAGUGCCAGAAGAAAAUUUACAAUAUGUUCUGAAUUCUAUUAGCAGUUUACCGACAGUCAAAUUAAGUAUAUUAAAUUAUGAACCAAUUAUAUGUUUGCGAGACCUUAAGUUAAAUUAUUAUGAGCGAUUGAUAUCUACUAGAGGCUGUGUAAUAAGAGUCAGCAGAAUAAAACAUCUCAUACAAUGGAUGGUAUUCGCCUGUUCCACAUGUCAUUUAGAAAAAUUAGUCAAACAGUCUCAGGAAAUUUACACAUUGCCAAAAAAAUGUGAUUUUUGUGGCGUAUCAAAGUUUUAUCCGAUCUUGGAUUCACCUUUUGUGAAAAGCAUUUUAUUCCAGAUAAUCAGGAUACAAGAACCAUUGAAUGAUGAGCAGGAAACUAAAGGUAAAGUGCCAAAAAUACUCGAUGUGGAACUUUUAGAUAAUUUAGUUAAUCUUUGUAUGCCUGGUGAUGAUAUCACACUUACAGGCAUUGUUAAGGUACAAGGAGUCGACGAUGCAACUAAAAUACAAGCUGGAACUCCAUUUUCAUUAUAUAUGAAAGCAAUAACAAUUAUCAAUAACAAACGUAAAUGUCAAAAUAAGAGUUCUAUGAGUAAUGAAAUUUCUUUAAAAGAUUAUUUAACUAUACAGAAUCUAUAUAAAGAACCAAAUCUUUUUGCAUUAUUGGUACAUUCGUUAUGCCCCAGUAUAUAUGGUCAUGAAAUAGUCAAAGCUGGAUUAAUAUUGAGUUUAUUUGGAGGAAACGUAAAACGCGCCCAAUUACGAGAUGAUAUACAUAUUUUGUUAAUCGGAGAUCCUGGUCUUGGCAAAUCGCAGAUGUUGCAAGCAUGUGCUCGAAUAUCUACGAAAGGUGUAUAUAUUUGUGGAAAUGCAAGUACAUCCUCUGGAUUAACGGUGACUCUUACAAAAGAAGCUGGAUCUAAUGAUUUUGCUUUAGAACCUGGUGCUCUGGUUUUGGCGGAUCAAGGUUGCUGUUGCAUCGAUGAGUUUGAUAAAAUGUGUUCUCAGCAUCAGGCAUUAUUAGAAUCAAUGGAGCAACAAAGUGUUACUGUGGCAAAAUCAGAUGAACCAGACAAGCACUUUGAUAGUCUGUUAUGCAAACAUAUUAUGAUGGUUCAUACGAAUUCACAUACAAAUUUCAAUCAAGAAUCUAUAGAGUCAUCUACUAACGAUUGUUCCCUUAAGAAAAAGUUAAUGGUGCCAUUAUCUACUGAAGUUAUACCACAAGCUAUUCUUCGAACUUAUAUUUCCUAUGCACGGCAAUAUGUGAAACCAAAACUGUCAGCUGAAGCUGCAACAAUAUUACAGAACUAUUAUUUAAAACUUCGAUCAAAAAAUAAACAAUCUGGAAGCUUACCAAUAUUUAACAGACAAUUAGAAGCUAUGAUUCGAUUAACUGAGGCUAGAGCAAAACUAGAAUUACGUACUGAAGCAACUGAAUCAGAUGCAUUGGACGUAAUAGAUAUAUUACAAUAUGCAAUAACAAACGCAUUAGUAGAAGAUUAUGCAACAUCAAACUUAAAUUCUAAUGAUAAAUUGACAAAUAAAAAAAUUAAAAUGUUUAUAAAGAUGCUUGAAGAAAAAGUAAAUAUGGAUAAAAACCAAACGUUUUCAACAAAAGAAUUAAAAGAAUUUGCUGUAUCCAAGGGGAUUUUAAUAAAUGAUUUUGCCGUUUUAAUUUCAAAACUUAACGAAGAAGGUAUUUUAUUAAAAAUUAGGAACGAUACAUAUAAAUUUAUUUAUUAUAUCCCUAUCUAA